AUGGCCAAUGCCACAGCUAGUCUUCUUCCAUUCGAGAAGAUACAAUUGAGAGCCGAAGAGCUAGCCUCGCUGGACGGAGCAGCUUCCUCGUUCUUAUCUUUUGCUGAUGUCUCUCCGCCAACUGUGAACACGAAAAGGUCUCGAAGCGGUGGUUGCAAGAUAUUUCCCGGAGAUCCUGAUUGGCCUUCCGACAGCGUAUGGAAUAAUCUUAACGAAACACUUGGGGGUGCGUUAGAGAAGACUGUCCCACUGGCCGCAGUUUGCUACGCUGGACCAUAUUAUAACGAAACUCAAUGUGCAUAUGUGACGGCUAAUUGGUUUGACUCCGGUCUUCAUGUAUCUCAUCCAAGUUCGAUGCUCAGUCCGCUGUACCAGGGCAACACCUGUCUGCCGCCCAAUAUCGCAGCUCCAAACUCGAACUGUACACUUGGUGGAUAUCCGUCGUAUGUUGUCAAGGCAAGAACGGUCAGGGAAGUACAAUUGGGAAUCAAUUUUGCACGAAAUGCAAACAUCCGAUUGGUGAUCAAAAAUACUGGGCACGAGUUUUCUGGGAGGUCCGGAGGAGCUGGGUCACUGAGCAUUUGGACCCACCAACUUAAUGCGCUUCAGUAUAUCCCACGCUAUGUCGAUGAAGUAAUGCCAUAUAUUGGACCGUCAUUCAGAGGUGGUUCCGGUGUUCUUGCUAGGGAUCUUUAUAAAGCUGCUGAUGAAAAGGGCCUGGUCGUCGUCGGUGGCGAAGGCCAGGAUGUUGGGAUUUUAGGAGGAUAUAUACAAGGCGGAGGACACUCGCCACUAUCUUCUAUAUAUGGGGUUGCUGCCGACCAGGUUUUGGAGAUGCAGGUUAUCACGGCAGAUGGCAGAUUUAAGGUCGCUUCGAGCACAGAGAAUACAGAUCUCUUCUGGGCCCUGAGAGGAGGAGGUGGUUCGACUUUUGCUGUCGUAACUUCUGUCACCGUACGCGCCCAUCCAGCAAUGCAGAUGACCUCCGUACGCUUUACAUUUUCAGCCUCAUCUCAAAAGAAUUUUGAAGCUGCAGUAAAGGCCUAUUGGAAGCGUUUCAUCCCUUAUAGCGACGCCGGGACCUACUCAUAUUUCUUCAUAAUUCCAACACCUCCAGUCUCAACUUUCAUGAUGCUUGGCUUCGUCGCGCCUAACAAAACUGUUGCGGAAACAACCGCCUUGCUCAAACCUUGGUUUGAUGAACUUCAUUCGUUGAAUAUUACUUUCGAUCCCGUAUUUAAGAACUACGUGAAAGUAGGCGAAGGACUCAUCGACACAUUUCCCACCGAGUCUGUCCAGACCGAUGCUGCAAUCGGAUCUCGACUUUUUCCUCGCUCGGCAUGGGAAAACCCAGGCUCGGCACUCUUUGAGAAGACUUGGGCGACGUGGUCAGCUUCCAUGGCGUCAGGAGUGCUCAUAUCCUUCAACAUCCGCGCUCCAAACGUGUGGAAGCUUGAUAAUGCUGUCCUCCCAGCUUGGCGGGAAACUGUGUUACAUACCAUACAAGGCGCAGGCUGGGAAGCUGGUGCUUCUGCUGAGGCGAUGAAGAAUGCGCGAGCGGACUUGAGCGUUAGACAACUGAAGUGGAAACAAGCUACGCCUGGUGCUGGUUCUUAUUUGGGCGAGGGCGAUAUUGAGGAGGUUGACUGGCAGGAGUCAUUCUUUGGUAAGAAUUAUCCGAGGUUGUUGAAGAUCAAGAACAAGUACGACCCAGAUGGAUUGUUCUGGACGAAAAGAGCUGUAGGUAGUGAGGGUAGGCAUGUGAGGAGCAAUAGUGCUAUUCCAAAUGAGAAUGGUAGACUAUGCUGGGAUUGA